CGUUUGGAAAACACAUCGUAUAAAUAGAUCGACUACGCGAGUCCUGCGGCAGUUGUCAAAAUGGGACACGGUGGAGUGGUGGUGAGCUUCUUGGCGCUGGCGGCUGUGGCGUCAGCGUCUAUUGGUGAUGGUGAUAACUCCUUGGAUGGAGGCGAGCGAGUAGUUCUCGUAGCGCCCGUACUGGCGCCCCCGAGGGAUUCUAGAACUCAUGUAACGGACCGAGCGAGACAGUUCCCCAUACUAGUGCUCCUGGCUCAACCACAAAUUUCAGACCACCGUCCUGAACCCUCAGCCAAAUCUUUGAAGGGACAUCUUGAACCUAUUUACGUGCAGAAACUUGAAGACCAAGCGAAUAACAAGGGAACUCUCAACAGGCAGAAGCGGACUUUGUUCUUUGGACUCAAAGGUUACAGAAAAGGCCACCACGGAUACGACAGGGGCGGUGGAUAUGGCGGGGGCGGUGGAUAUGGCGGGGGCGGUGGUUAUGGCGGGGGCGGUGGUUAUNGACACGGCGGCGGAUACGGCGGUAAUCAAGGCAAUUAUGGAUACCCUACAGGGUGUGGGGGCGGUUGCGGUGGCGGACAAGGUUCCGCUAUAGCCAUUGCUACUGCCAACGGGUAAAAACGUUAACUUGGCCAGAUCUAAGUGACAGUUUCCUGUGACUUUGCGAAUUAUUAUUGGAAUCGGUAAUCGGACGUUCAACGCUAUACGCCAAAAUAGGUUUAAAUGUUAUUUUUCCAAAUUUAUAACUAACUACUACAUAAUAUAAAGUUAGGGCAGUAAAAUAUGUAUGUAUUACCAAAAAU